AUGACAGUACCAAUGGCUGCAGCAGAAGAAGCACCCAUCCAUGGCGAUAUCCUAGAGGCAAUAUUCUCGCACGUGCCACUAAUCCACCUCGUGCCAGUAUAUCACGUGUCAAACUCCUGGAAGCGUGCGGUCUCCUCCUCCCUCGCUCAUCUCCGACCCAUCAAGCCCUGGCUCAUCGUCCUCACCCAGAGCCCACGCGCCUCGCACGUGACAACUCUGCACGCUUACGACCCUCGCUCCCACGUGUGGCUCGAGAUAAAAGACUGUACUCGUCCGCAAGCCUCUCCGGUGCGCUCCUCUCACUCCACGCUGCUCUACACGCUCACCCCCGCCGAGUUCACCUUCUCCCUCGAUGCGCUGCACCUCCACUGGCACCACGCGCCACCCCCGCGUGUGUGGCGCACCGACCCCGUCGUGGCUCGUGUGGGCUCGCGCGUCGUGGUGGCUGGCGGCGCGUGCGAGUUCGAGGACGACCCGCUCGCGGUAGAGAUGUACGACGCGGAAAGCCGCGUUUGGGAGACGUGCCCUUCCAUGCCGGCGCUGCUGAAGGGCUCCACGGCGUCGUUGUGGCUGUCAGUGGCAGUCACCGGAGAGGUUAUGCACGUGACGGAGAAACACUCCGGAGUGACGUACUCGUUCGAUACUGUGAUGAAAAAGUGGAAGGGACCCUUUGAUUUGAGACCUGAUGAGAGUGUUUUUCACUGCGUCACCGGAAUCUUAGGGGAGCGGUUGAUGGUGGCCGGGGUGGUGGGGGAAUUUGGCAACGUGAGAGGAGUGAAGCUGUGGGAGGUUCGGGGGGGAUUAGGUUCGGGGAUGGUGGAAGUGGGGGAGAUGCCAAAGGAGAUGAUUCGGAAGGUGAUGGAUGGUUCGGAGUUAGGUUCGGUGGAGGUGACAUGGAUUGGGAAUUUUGCUUACGUGAGGAACACUUCCGUAGCGGAGGAAUUGGUGGUGUGUGAGGUAUUGAACGGCGUUGGGUGCGAGUGGAGGAGUGUAAAAAACGCCGCCGUGAACCACGGUACGAGGAUGGUGGUUUGCGGCGGCAACCUGUGCAUGGAGGAUCUGCAGCGGGCGGCGAUGUCGGAGAAUUGGACAUUUUACAUGAAACACGUGUGA